UUGGCUGCAUUUUGCAGCCCGGGAGAGAUGCAGUCCCAAAACCGGGUCCUUUAAAAAAGCCUCGGGGAGGACGACUCCGGCGUUGCCCGAUAAUGUUCAUUUUCCUAUUUCCAAAGGCCUUUUCAUUGAGGUCUCCUAUAAUAAGCCCAGGAGAAUGAAAGAAGAAGCUUUACUUAGUAUUUUUCCUUCUCAGUGGAGAGCCCUUGUGCCAUUUUCAAGAAGGUGGAAAGUGUUUACACUUCGAUGGGUGAUUAAGUUCCAUUGAAUGAGUCAGGUCUGUUGUGUCCUUCAAGGAGUGCUGCUAAUAAAGACAACGGAAGAGCAGGCCAGUUCCUGCGGGAGGAAACGUCUACAGUGCAAGAGGCAGAGGCUGCUGAGUCUCUGCUACAUCAGAAUAUGGAUCCUGAAAUAAAAAUGGAAGAGCAGGACUCCAUUGACCCCAAGCCAGGAGAGGGAAGAGCACAUUUUCUAAACACUGGGAAGGGCAAGGAAGAACCAAGGCAUAAGGUGAAACAAGAGCCAGAGGAAAGUCCAUCAAAGAAUUGGGAUGCCCAGUUGCAAGAGUUUCUGAAGACACUGCAGGAUCCUCAUGGAAGAAAAGAAGUUCCACAGUUCCUUGAGCCAAAGCUGCGGGGUGGUCCUAAAUGGUCUUGGAUGUCCUUCCAAGGAGGGAUGGAUACCAGCAAGUGGUCUAAAGAAAUGUGGAUUUCCCAAAUCCAGACUCAUCUCCUUGGAACGACCCAACAGGAUUGGGAGACCCUUCGGGAGGCUGCCCAUGACGGGAAGGAGAAGGUUGGAGAUCUAGCUGAAGAAGCCAUCAGGGUGGAGACAAGAUGCCAUCACUUUCGAACCCUGGGCUACCAAGGGGCCAAGGGACCUCACGAUUUUUGCCAGCAGCUCCAAGGCCUUUGCCACCAGUGGCUGAAGCCAGAGAAACACACCAAGGAGCAGAUCCUGGACUUAGUGACCUUGGAGCAGUUUCUGGCUGCCUUGCCUCUGGAUAUGCAGAGCUGGCUCAGGAGAAAGGGCCCAGAAACAUGUGCCCAGGCAGUAUCCUUGGCAGAGGAGUUCCUCCUGAAGAGGCAAGAGACCCAGGGAUGGGAACAGGAGGUGACAGAAAUGUCAGAAGAUGACUUUGGAAAAGCUUCCAAAACAAACCAGCCUCCAUCAGAACCACCGAAGGAUCAAGAUUUUGGAAAGGUUAAACCAGAGGAUGAUGACAGUGGAAACUUGAGUAAGUCACUGAGAGUCGGGCAGCAUAUAAAUUUAAUAAUAAAUAGAUCUCCCUGCGGCAGGUCCCACUGAAUAUUGUAAGGUUCUUGGACUCCCCAUCACUGUCAUGUUUCUAAAAUGAAAGGCUCACCCCAAACAUGGAACAUGGGAAAUAUAUACUGGUGUAGACUUUCACA